UGAAAACGAGCGAUGCCAUACCGAGGGCGACGCCACCAACAAUGCACGACUGUUACUGGUUCUAUGAACCGGCCGAAUUAAAACUACACGGGCUAUUUGGGAUGUAAUCUUAAUGUGAGCCUCUUCGCUUCGGCCGGGUUCACCCGAGCGGAGUCGGUGUGGCAACCAUGCGCAGCGCAUUCCACACCAAUCCCGACGAACUUCACGCCAGUUGGGCCCCGACCGCCACCGACGACAGACCGCUGUCGCUCGCUCCGGCAAAACUAUCGUACAAUAAAACAGAAACAAACUCAAAGUGUGUUAAAAGAUUCCGAAUUCGAAUCUUAAUUAAAAACAGUGUUUAUUAGUGAUGGGAAGUGACCAGUCUGUGGAUUACGACGACGUACGAUGACCGAAAGUUUAAGUUGGACGACCGAAAAAAGUUGUGGUCCUGUUGAGCACAAAAAAUGUUGGUAGUGAUGGCCUGAUGGGAUCGCAGUGUGGCCGAAUCUGUGUAGUUAGUGAUGUGAACUGUGAUAAAAAAAUUCGACAGUCACGUAGAUGAUUGUCUGUGCGUGUGAUAUAUUUAGUUUAUUAGUUACCAAAGAAUCCUGAUGAUCUUGUACAUUAGCCUGUGUUUCAUAUUGAUAGUUUUAGCGGACCCGUUGCCAGGCAAGCACGUGCCGCUGGAGAGCUAUGAGAGCGAACUUGAGCGCGAGCACGCGCUGCCCACAUCCGUGCCCAACGCGGACAUACUCAAGACUAACAGCAACCCCACUUAUCACAAGCCGAGGCCGCCACAGAACUACGGCGCGGCGGUGCUGGCGCGGGUGGGCGAUGGCGCGGUGCCCUCCUACGCGCCCCCCAACCGCGCCUUCUUCACACCCCCGCUGCCCCCCGAGUACAGGAACCCGUUCGCUGACAAGCCUACACUUAGAGGCACGAACACAGACGGGAACAACUACCUUAACCGGAGGCCUAUCCCCCCUCCGUCCCUCGGGCCAGGCCACGAGAGGAUACCCAUCAGGCCUCCAGGACAGGAGACCUCGUCGCCUCAAGUACCAGCACCCCCGCCCGCGCCGCCCCUCCCGCCGGCCGGCAUCGAGCCGCAGAAGAAAAAACCACUCAACACACCUAGCCAUAAGCCUGAAGAACUAGACAGCGACAUAAAGCAUGGCUCGGACCAGGCCAACUUCACAGACUUCGUGCCAAACUCCCUCAACAUCCCCACCAUCUCUCGCAUCCUCUCCGGCUCGAACGGACGCAAGGAAGACAUACCCGACGUCCUCCUCAGGACCGUCACCGCCAAACCUCAGCACACAGAGAAAACCUCCAAGAGUGACGUCUACGUCACCAAAGAAGGUGUCACCCUCAGCGACGCCAACAGAGACAGCUCCACUGAAGGCUCAGUCCUUGCCGUCCUGGACCCCGAAAUGAACAACCUAGAUAGACCUCUAAUCGUCGACCAAAACGGAGAAACGAAUACUAGAAGAAACCUCCAAUACUCGACUAAUAAAGAUAGAAACGAGAGCAGAAACGACGAAUUCACACCAGCGACGACUGUGCAUUUCGAUCUCAAAGAUCCAGAAAUGUCCACGGAAAGAUACCAUAAUCUAGCCAACGUCAAUUUGGAUAAGAAGAAUCUGAAGCAGGACUCGAAGAAUGGACCAGUGCAGAGAGCAGGCGUCACCUGGCCUUUCGCCUGGAACGUACAUAUUUAUUUAGCGACAGUUAUUUUUACAAUCCUAGCCGUAUUCUCUAUAUUUAAGAUCAUAUGCUAUAAUAAGUUCACGCACCUCUUCACCCAAUACUACUUUAUUAUACUACACUUAAUCUUAGUGUUCGUAUGUCUAAUGAGGAUAUUCUACAUGUGCUACGAUCCUUAUAAUAUCAACAAUUCGUUGCCAGUUUUUCUUAGUGAGAUCCUGCUGCAUGUCCCAGAAAUAUUCCUGAGCAUUGCUUUCUCAUGCACCAUCCUGUUCCUGUUAACCAAUAGCAUCAACUUCAAGAACACUUGCUGUUCUUUCCUGUUCCGUUCGAGAACAAUCAUCGUCGGAGGCGGUCUCCACCUCCUCUCGUGUCUGAUGUUGCAUAUCUUUGAAAAUAGUAAUACAAUUUAUAGGACUCCGCAGGGAGUAGAAAAAAGGGUAUUAGGUCUAACUUGUCAAAUAAUAUUUAUCAUGGCAUGCUUGACGCUAGGUCUGUGCUAUCUCUAUGUAUAUAAAAUGCUCAAGUCCAUUCUCCAAAAGAAAAGCCACACGUAUAUACACGGCUUCCAGAAUUUAUACCAGGCCAUUCAUAUUAAUCUGGCGACGGCAUUGCUGUUCGUUUUAAUGGCCACACUUCAAAUAUACGGUAUCUUCGGAAUAAGUCAAGUCAAUAUGACGAAAUUCAACUGGCUUCAAUGGGGCUACCAAUUCUCCUUACGUCUUAUCGAGAUUUGCAUUGUAGCCCUUAUCUCCUGGGUCAUAAGUCUGAAAGUCGGUAUCGUGGCUUCUCUACAGCAUGAGAAGGCUGACGGGCAGAAAAUAUCUGGUUUAGGCUUGUUCCCUUGCACGGCUGGGUCUAGCAACGAGCAGUUCGAAUCAGACUAUCCCGCCAUCUGUAAUACUAAUACGAAUCUACAUACGUAUACUUUAAGAACUGGCAAGCCGAUCUAUGAAUCGGCCGGCCAUCAUCCGAACCUGCCCGAUCCUUGCUGCGGGGGACCAGCAAUGGAACACCCGAGGUUUCUGAACACUAUCGGGGCCGCUUGCGACAAUAAUUCUGGAACUGAAAACUAUUCUGGACACAGUUCCAUAGCCAACGCUGGUCAUAGCAGUUCAACGGAUUCCAGCAACGCUACAUCCAGCCAAGGUGUGAACAAUCAUUUGAUCAAACACCAUCCAAACAUGGCUGGUUACAACGGCAUAGAAUCCGCCUCCGACGACCACUAUUCCAACUGCGACCCCGCCAUCCAAUCCUUACAAGGAGAUGACCCAUUAGACCACGAAUACAAUGUCAUACAGUACGGCAGCAACAGCGACUUUAUUCGUGACAUCAAAAACCAGAACUACAACGGUGGUUCGAACAGAAGUUCGCACAACUUCAAACACAUGUCGUACGACAGGGUAUCCUCUAGAACGAAUAGCAAUCCUCGAAAGAAGCAUAGAGCGAAGAACAAGAACGUCCAGAACUGUAUGACUAUGGGUUACGACGCAUCGAUGGGACAUCAUUACCAUCAGCCCCAUAUACCUGAUGAAUACGGGAAUUAUAACACGGAAAACGCGUCCUACCACGCCUCGGGCAUUCAAACCCUUAACCCUAACAGGAGUUACGGGGAAGGUUGUCAAAGGAGUUCCCAACGACGGAAUUCCCCAUCUACUUCCGCGGCUAACUCCAGUGGGAGUCAGAAGAGAGGGAAGAACAACGGAUUCCCUGAUAGGCCUAAGUCCACAGACUUGUACGGGUUUUCCGAAGACCCUAACGAGAGGAGCUAUCCUUGCGCGUUAGCUCCUCAACCGGCGCCGAGGAAUUGCGGGUAUGAAGCCUCAUAUGCCCAGCCUCAGGAUGAAAUAAACCCUAAUGAAGCUGAGGGGAACAGUAUGCUGGUGGCUCAGGAUGGCUUCGUGAGGUUCCGGCCUUUGGAAGACGGUCCCUCGCAAACUUGAUUCACCAUAAAUCUGCCGCUGGCAGAGAACCUUAGCUUCUGAAGAAUAAAGGCUGAUUUUGAACGCUCUUUUUUUUCUGAGCUGCCGAGCCUCGAGUCGUUGACUCUCCGAUCAUGUAAAUUGUAAAUGAUUUAGGUUUAAUGCGAUAUUUAAGUAUCAUUAACGGCCUCAUGUACAUACGCGUUUUUUUAAGUUUACGGCCUUUUUAUAAGAAAUCGUGAUUUUUUUAUGACCCUGUGACGAACUAGCGAUAGUUUUACUAUUUUUGCAUUUAUAUUGACGAGGAAAAGUCUUCAAAUAAUUUACUUUUCCUGCAAGUAUAAAUGAAAACUGAGCGUUAUUUUUAUUGAAGUUUUGCCAAC